CCGUUCCUCGCCGCGCUCCUCACGGCGCUGCAGGCGCUGCCCGCGGCCCGCGCAGUGGAUGUGCUGCGGGCACUGGGGAUGCAGCACGGCCGCCAUGGGGUCUCCAUCACCACCGGGCUCUGCCCGCAGCGCCCCGGUACCCCGGAACCGGAUCUGGCGUUCCAUGUGGAUAACGGCACCCAGCACAGCGCGCCCACCCGGCUGCUCUUCCCCGACACCCCCUUCCCGGAGAACUUCUCCAUCGUGGCCACGGUGCGCGCGCGGCGCGGGGCUCAAUCCUUCCUCCUGUCCGUGUACGACGAGCGCGGUGCUCAGCAGCUGGGCCUGGAGCUGGGGCUCUCCCCCGUCUUCCUCUAUGAGGACCAGGAUGGGAACCCACCCCCGGAGCGUUAUCCCACCUUCCAUAGGGUCAACCUGGCUGACGGCCGGUGGCACCGCGUGGCCCUGGCCGUGGAGGGUACCACCGUGUCCUUGAUGCUCGAUUGUCACCUCGUGGCCACGCUCCCGUUGCUGCGGGGACCUCGGCCCCUGAUCAGCACCCAAGGGGUCACCGUGGUCGGGGGGGGGCUGAUGGAUGAGGAGCGCUUUGAGGGGGACAUCCAGCAGUUACUGGUGCUGCCGGACCCGGAGGCUGCCCGUUCCUAUUGCCAGCUCCAUAUGCCCGGGUGCCAGCAUCCCCUGCGCUUCCCACUGCAAGCCCCAUUCCCAGAGGAGGAGAGCCCCCCGGAGCCCCCCUCUGCCCCACGUAGGAAGGGCAAAGGGAAAGGGAAGCGCAAGGGCAAGGGCAAGAAGAAGAGGAACAAGGAGCAGGAUGAGGCCCCUGCGCUGGGGAGCAGGGGGCCCGAUCCCGAUGCCCUCGGCACCUCGACGCCAGCACCCAGCUCCCAGCUCCCGACCACCAUCAGCAUCCCCCUGAACCCCUCCAUGGAGCUGGAGGAGGAUGGCACCAGCAGCACGGGCUAUGAGGACCACAGCAAUGGAGAUGCUGACCGGGAUGCGCUGGUGAUCCCGGUUGCCCAGGGCUUGAAGGGGGACAAGGGGGACCCAGGCACUGUGGAACCGGGUCGUGGAUUCCAGGGCCCCCCGGGACCCCCAGGCACUGCGGGAGAACCGGGGCCCCCGGGCCCCCCGGGGCUCCCAGGCUUACCCGGGGAGCGCGGGGAUCAGGGUCCCUCGGGACGGCCGGGGCUGCCUGGAGCUGACGGGAUCCGAGGCCCCGCAGGGACCAUCCUCAUGCUACCGUUCCAGUUCGGAAGCGACUCCCUCAAGGCUCCCGCUGUUUCCUUCCAAGAGGCUCAAGCCCAAGCGAUCCUGCAGCAGGCGAAGCUUGCCAUGAAGGGUCCCCCAGGUCCCAUGGGGCUCACCGGCCGCCCAGGCCCCCUGGGCCCACCAGGACACCCAGGCCUUAAAGGGGACGCAGGGGACGUGGGGCCAAGGGGGCCCCGCGGGAUGCAGGGAGCACCGGGACCACCGGGCAAGCUGGGCAGACGGGGAGACAGAGGCUUCGAUGGGCUGCCGGGGCUGCCGGGGGAGAAGGGGCACAGGGGGGACGUGGGGAAGCCGGGACCAGCAGGACCCCAAGGGGAGAAGGGGGCCAAGGGCUCCCAUGGCCCCCCUGGAGCUCGGGGGCAGGCGGGGGAACCGGGCAGCAGAGGCUUGAGCGGCUCCCGGGGCUCCCCCGGGCCCCCUGGACCACCGGGUACCAGUGGCAUUGACGGAGCACCAGGCCCUAAAGGCAAUGUGGGAAUCCAUGGAGAACCAGGACCCCCAGGGCAGCAAGGGAACCCUGGUCCACAGGGUCUGCCCGGUCCCCAGGGCCCUGUGGGGCUGCCGGGGGAGAAGGGCCUGCCGGGAGCGCCGGGGAUGCCGGGGGUCUCCGGAGCCGAUGGGGCCCCGGGUCAUCCCGGCCGGGAAGGGGCAGCGGGAGAGAAGGGCCUGCAGGGCCCUGUGGGUGCCCCAGGUCCCAUUGGAUACCCAGGACCCCGCGGGGUCAAGGGAGCCUUUGGUGUGCGGGGCCUGAAGGGCAGCAAAGGGGAGAAGGGGGAAGACGGAUUCCAUGGCUUCAAGGGGGAGCUGGGCCCCAAGGGGGACAGGGGGGACCAGGGCCCGAUGGGGCCCCGCGGUGAGGAUGGGCCCGAGGGGAUGAAGGGAGAGCCGGGACUGAUGGGAGAGACGGGGGGGAGCGGUCCUACAGGAGAGAAGGGCCGGCUCGGUGUUCCAGGUCUCCCGGGCUAUCCCGGGCGCCAGGGGCCCAAGGGAUCCACCGGCUUCCCCGGAGCCAUGGGGCUGGCGGGAGAGAAGGGCAAGAGGGGCAAAGCUGGCCAGGCCGGACCAACGGGGCAGCGAGGGCCCCUGGGGAUCCCAGGGGAUCGAGGUCUUCCCGGUCCCACAGGAAAACCUGGACCCAAAGGAGAUCCCGGCCAUGAUGGAGCCCCUGGCGCAGUGGGGGAGAAGGGUCCUCCAGGUCCAGAGGGACCCAGCGGCUUCCCGGGUACCAAAGGAGCCCCCGGUCCCGCCGGGAAGGACGGAUUGCCGGGACACCCGGGCCAGCGCGGGGAGCCGGGCUUCCAUGGCCGCACCGGCCCCCCUGGCCCCACAGGGGUGGUGGGCCCCCAGGGGAACUCAGGAGACACCGGACCCAUGGGGGAGCGGGGACACCCGGGCCCCCCCGGCCCCCCCGGCGAGCAGGGCCUGCCCGGAGGCACCGGCCGCGAGGGAGCCAAGGGUGACCCCGGUCCCGCCGGCAUUCCCGGGAAGAGCGGCCCCCCCGGCAUCCGUGGCUUCCCUGGUCCAAGGGGCGCAGCUGGAGCCACGGGUCCCCCGGGAUUGAAGGGAUGGGAAGGACCCCCCGGCCCCCCUGGACCCACAGGCCCCCCCGGAGAGCGAGGUCCAAUGGGAGCUGCUGGAAGCAUUGGGAUGCCCGGCCGGGGGGGGGCACAAGGACCCCCCGGUCCCAUAGGAGAGAAGGGGUCCCCGGGGGAGCGAGGUGCUAUGGGGCCGGCUGGGCAGGAUGGGAUCCGUGGUCCUAUGGGAUUGCCAGGUCCAGGCGGUCCCCCUGGUCCCUCUGGAGAAGAUGGGGAUAAGGGCGAGAUGGGGCUCCCCGGACAGAAGGGCAGCAAAGGGGACAAGGGCGAUGGGGGUCCCCCAGGACCCACAGGGAUCCAAGGACCCAUCGGGCAUCCCGGACCUGCGGGAGCCGAUGGGGAGCGGGGCCGCCGCGGGCAGCAGGGAAUGCUUGGGCAGAAAGGGGAUGAGGGAUCCAGGGGUGACCUCGGCCUGAGCGGCCCCCCCGGCCUGCAGGGAAUGCCGGGUCCCCCGGGUGAGAAGGGCGAGAACGGAGACGUGGGUCCCAUGGGCCCCCCCGGUGCACCCGGACCCCGUGGACCACAAGGACCCAAUGGUGCUGAGGGUCCUCAGGGAAUGCCGGGCGGCGUGGGACAACCGGGUGCUGUGGGGGAGAAGGGGGAGCCGGGAGAAGCGGGGGACCCGGGAGCACCGGGAGAGCCUGGAGCAGCCGGUGUCAAAGGAGAUGUGGGGGACAAGGGGGACGCGGGGCAGUCGGGAGCUGCUGGACCCCCCGGCAAGAAGGGGCCACCGGGAGAGGAUGGAGCCAAAGGCGAGCUGGGUCCCAUUGGAUUCCCUGGGGAUCCUGGUCCCCCUGGAGACCCUGGUGUGCCGGGUCUGGAUGGAGCUGCUGGAGAGAAGGGUGACAGUGGGGACCCCGGCCUGCCUGGUCCUCCAGGUGCCUCGGGGGAGCCGGGUCCCCCAGGCCCCCCCGGCCGCAGGGGACCCAUGGGACCCAUGGGGCGCGAGGGCCGGCAGGGGGAGAAGGGGGCCAAGGGACACCCUGGCACCGAGGGGGCACCGGGGAAGCCGGGUCCCAUGGGAGCCCAGGGAGCACCGGGACAAGAGGGCAAUGAGGGGCUGCGAGGGAUCCCCGGCCCUGCUGGUGAACAAGGGAUGCUGGGGGCUCCGGGCCAAGUCGGCCCCCCCGGCCCCAUGGGUCCUGUGGGGCUGCCUGGCCUCAAGGGAGACCCCGGCCACAAAGGAGACAAGGGCCACGCUGGCCUCAUCGGCCUCAUUGGACCACCAGGAGAGAUGGGGGAGAAAGGAGACCAGGGGCUCCCCGGCAUCCAGGGCCCCCCCGGACCCAAAGGGGACCCUGGCCUGGCUGGACCCAUGGGCCCCCCUGGCCCCCCUGGCCCCCCAGGGCUCUCGGGUCCCUUGGGUCAGAAGGGUUCCAAAGGCUCCCAGGGUGCUCUUGGUCCCCGAGGUGACCCAGGCCCCCCCGGCCCCCCAGGACCACCAGGCCCCCCGGCCAUGGAGCACCCAAGGCACCGCAGGGGGGUCCGAGGGGAACGGGAAGAGCCCCCCCCGGGUCCCGAGGGCUUGGAGGAGGCGUUGGCAUCGCUCCGGUCCCUCCGUAUGGAAGUGGAGCAGCUCCGGAGGCCCCUGGGGACGGCCGAGAGCCCGGCUCGGGUCUGCAGGGAGCUGGGGCUCUGCCACCCGCACCUCGGGGAUGGGGAAUACUGGAUCGAUCCCAACCAGGGCUGUGCCCGCGAUGCCUUCCGAGUGUUCUGCAACUUCACUGCGGGAGGGGAGACCUGUUUGUUCCCCGAGAAGAGCCUGGAGGCGGUCCGCUUGGCCUCCUGGAGCAGGGAGAAGCCGGGGACGUGGUUCAGCACCUUCAGACGGGGCAGGCAGUUCUCCUACGUGGAUGCGGAUGGGAAAGCCGUGCCCGUGCCCCAGCUCACCUUCCUGCGCCUGCUCAGCGCCGGGGCCCACCAGAGCUUCACCUUGAGCUGCCAAAACGCCAGCGCUUGGUUCGAUGCCGGCACCGGUACCUUCGGCAAGGCCCUGCGCUUCCGAGCAUCCAAUGAGGAGGAGUUGGGAUACAACCACCCCGCAGCCCCCAUCCGUGCCCUGUAUGAUGGGUGCCAGGAUCGCCGCGGCCGGGAUCGGACGCUGCUGGAAGUGGCCUCAUCCCGCGUGGAUCGGUUCCCUCUCCUGGACGUGGCCGUGCCCGACUUCGGAGCCCCCCACCAGAAGUUCGGCUUCGAGCUCGGCCCCGUCUGCUUCAGGGGCUGA